UAGCGGACGUCGUACAGUGAAGACGUGUGGGUGCGAGUGCCGGGCGCGGGAACCUCGUGAGUGACUGACGAUAAACUCUCGGAAAAAAAAUUGGACAACUUACCUGGCGUUAAUUAUAUAAUCCUUUAGCAAAAGAGGAAAAAAAAAAAGAAUAGUUACAAGCAAGGAUCUUACAACACCGAACUCGUGAUCAUUUAAUGGCAAACGCUGACGAAGAACAGCAGAGACACCGAGCAGCGCCCCCAGGAGAGCCCUCGGCCACAGAAAGGUCUCUUAGGUGAUGACCAACCGCCUCGUCCCGCCGUAGCCGCCCCCGCACGCGCCCACCCUCACCGCACGCGCCGCACACCAUUUACACAAGUGACCAUACAGUUAGAGUGCCGGAAAAAGUGUACACAAACCGUGAAGUACAAAGCGCAGUACAAGUACAAGGAACCGGAGUGAAGAUGAGGGUCAGCAACAGCAUCCAAAUUACACUAGUCGCGUGCCUAGCGACGUGGCAUCCCUGGAGCGGAGACGCCCUUCGUCACGGCGGCCCCUCGCCCCCGUCCGAGUUCAUCGUCCAGCCCUCCAACGUCACGGUGCCGGAGGGGGAGCGCGUCGUCCUCAAGUGCAUGACGUCCGAGCAAGCCCACGUGUGCCGCUGGUACUACCUGGAGCUCGGCCUCCACUUCUUCGAUGAGCGCAUCACGCCGGUGCUAGUCAAGGACUUCAGCCCGGCGCACCAGAGGGACUGCUCCAUCAAAAUAAAGCAGGUGCGUAAAGUUCAAGAGGGUCAGUGGCUGUGCCAGGCUCUCAAGUUCCAUUCGUCGAAGUUCCUCAUGAGCAAGCCAGCGACGCUUAGAGUUAUCACAGAGGCGGAAAGUGCCACUUGGUCCCCCCCCGUCACGGAGCCCAUCUCGCCGAGGCAUGGCCGACGGGAGCAUGAGAAGUCUGAGCCCGUGGAGUUUGAGGGCACCGACGAGGACCAGAUUCAGAACACUCCCGUGGGCGAACCGAAGGUGCUCAAGUGCCAGGUGAACCAGCCGAUAACGUUCUGCUCCUGGAUCAUGCCGCACGGAGCUGUUCUCUCUAAAUCCCAAGAGGACGAUAACCAGAACCGAUCCAAACACUUCACGGGCGACUACAGAAUCGAGGGCGACUUCAAAGAGGGCAACUGCUCCCUGGCGCUGCAGGAGGUGAAGCCGCACGACGAAGGCAACUGGCGGUGUGUGGUGCGGGUGAGGCCCUCCGGGGAGGACGUGAACGGCCCGCUCAUUCACCUGCAUAUGACAGAGCACCAUCUGCCCAAGCAAGGAGGAACAGCACUGGUGGACCCAGAGGACGACUCUUUAAACUUGCUGGUUAUCAGCUUGGUGAUAAUCUGCAGUUUUCUGUCCAUCAUCGUCGUCCUGCUGUUCAUGUGCCUUUACCGCCGCGUCAAGAACUCGUCGGAGGAGACCCGCAAGAUCCUGCAGAUUUCGCCCCGAAGCAGCAUGGAGUUCCAGCACAAGACGCUGCCCGUCACGGAGCUCACGUCCGACUCCGUAAUGGCGGUGGAGCCCAGGAAGAAGCGGCCCCUCAACUACGUGGACCUGCAGGACUACAGCCAGUACCUGGACAUGUCCAAGGGCUCGGCUUCGGACGGCGGCUACAUCAGGAUGUCCGGCUCCAGCCUGAGGUCGUCCACGUCGUCGCGCACCACGCUGUCCACCCUGUCAACCCUGCCCGUCGGCCGCAGCCGCUCGGCCAGCAACAGCACGACCCUGAGCGACGGCUCGCCGCACCUGGGCACCGUCGUGGACAACCCCUCCUACAACGCGGACGCCGUCCUGGCAGGCAGGGGCGUCGGCAUCCCGCGCCCCGCCUCCGUCUACAGCAACGACCACGUGUACGAGGAGAUAAAGGAGAAGAAGGAGGAGGUGCCGGCGAUGGGCAAGAUCGAGGAGGCAUCGCCGGCGGUCACGCCCACCUACACCAACACCUCCGAGGACUACCAGGGCUACAUGAUCCCCAAGAAGUCCCCCUCGUCGGAACCCCUGCCCUGCGUCCCAGCGAUGCUGCCCAAAGGAAAGCCACCUCUGCCAGACCUGCCGGCGCUCCACAGCCAUCUUCUGCCCCCCAGGGAUGCAGCAGACGAGGCCGCCCCGUCCUACUCACGGGUCGGCGAAGGCAGCUCGUUCCCAGCUGGCGUGGGCGCCCCGACGCCCUCCCCGCUGGGACCCGGCUACUCCCGCGUCGGGACCGCGACCCAGGACCCCAUGGAGGCCUACGACACGCCCCGCCCCAUCCCCACCGCCGUCCUCGCCGCCGACCCCUUAGAGGCUACGACACCCCCGCAGGACGGGCUCCGAGGCCUCCCUGCAGCCGCUGCCUGUGCUCUCACCCGAGGUGUGUGCCGAUGCGCUCGUGGGCACCAUCGUCUAAGUGCCAACAUGAAAGACACUUUCUUCGCCUUCUCAACAGGAGUAUUUUCCAGAAAAGAAGAAAACAUAUUAGCAUUCUAGUCUCAUUCUGCAGGAUCUAAAAGGCAACAUGCAUAAAAUAUAUAAGUACGGUAUAUCCGAAAUUCUAUAUAAAUAGAUACAUAUAUAUAUAUAUAUCCCGACUGUUUCCAGUCACGACUAAAAUUUUACUGAAGACGGGCAGCUGAGAUCGAACUCUCACCUCUCAAAUACUUCUGGAUGCUACAGAGGUGAAAAUUGACUGUCACUCAGACCACCCUCUCGUGGCUGAGCGGUUCCAAGGUCAACAUAGGUCGACUCUGAACGGUUCUACAAGAGCGGUUAGAGAGAGAGAGAGAAAAAAAAAAAAACGUCCAAGCGGUGUGACACGCGAGCCUAAUAAGUCAGUGAACCGCGUGGCCUGAAUGUCUGGAAUGGCUGUGCUUCUCUUGUCAAUGUGCGUUCGUGGCGCAGGUGGGAGAGAGAGAGAAAAAAAGCGUUGGAUAAAUAAGUAUUCUGUAUAUAUUGUCACCUGUAUAUAGUCUUCCUUGUUACUCCGGUCAUACAACUUUUAUCACCUGUUCUACGCCAGAGGGAUGUCUCGACGGGUUCUUGACAUCCUCUUGGCAUCUGUUGUAAACAAAAACUUUCACGUCAUCCGCUCAUCUUAAGGACACACACGCACACACACACACACACACACACACACACACACACACACACACACACACACACACACACACACACACACACACACACACACACACACACACACGCCACGCCCACGCACACGCACACACAACGCCACGCACACGCACACGCACAUACGCACACACACAAAACACACACAAACACAAACACACAAGAAUACACUAAAACCCAUGUACCUGUUAAUCAGAUCAUUCCUUCAGCAAACCUCAGCUAAUGCCAAAAUACAUUAUCAUUACCCUUGCUAAUACUAGCUGGUUAUGUAUAUAUUUAUAUAAUAAAAUAUAUUGUCUUUUA